UGUGGGAAGGGCUUCAGGUGGAGCUCCAACCUGUGGGGACACCAGAGGAUCCACACUGGGGAGAGGCCCUAUGCGUGUUCGGAAUGUGGGAAAAGCUUCAGCAACAGCUCCAAGCUGAUGGAACACCAGAGCACUCACACUGGGGAAUGGCCCCCCAAGUGCUUGGAAUGUGGGAAGGGCUUCAGCUACAAAUCCCAGCUGAGGGAACACCAGAGGAUCCACACCGGGGAGAGGCCCUACGAGUGUCCCCAGUGUGGGAAGAGCUUCUCCAGCAGCUCUCACUUGACCCAACACCAACGG